ACUCAUUUUAAUGCGGUCAGUUUUUGACAGUAGUAGCUUGUUUAGCAACAAAAAAGUUGAUUUUGAAAUCUACUAUUUGUGAUGUAAUAAUUAUUAACGCAAUCCGCGCUAACUAUUGCUGGGGUGCAUCUAGUCGCAAAGAUGACUUCGUUAGAUUUGACCCUGUCGGAAUUUUCCUCUUUCUCUUUUUGCGCUGCGGCGUUGGGUUUUUGUGCCAUAUUUCUUUACAUAACGAGGAAUAUGUUGUAUGUCGGAGAUCAGAGGACAGAGUGGGCUUUUCCGACUUCUGUUCAACGUGGGUCUCCUAAAGUCCCGCAGAUGAACAUGGUUCGAAUCGAGAUUCCAUUCACGUUUAAAUUACUGAGAGCACAGAGUGCUUCCUAUGAAGAAUUACAAUUUUCCUUAUUGAGUGAAGUGCAUUAUGAAGUGCACUGUUUCUGGGGUGUAAGCGUUAAACAGUUUCACUUGUUUUUGUGUCGACCCUGGUAUGACAUUAGAGACGCAUUUGCUAGGGGUGACUUUUUGAAUGGAUAUUAUGAACAAUCGGGCCUGCAAGCAGUGAAUGACGCGAACACGGAGGAAACAUACACCGUUAGCUUAAACAAAACAAGUUCUGACUUUUUAAAAUCAGGAACACUGCCUAGGAAUUACUAUCCUUUAGUUGUUAUUGUGAUUAGGAAUGUAAGGGAUCAAAAUGUUCUUUCAAAUGAAACGGUUGCACUAAUCAACAUAAUUCACAUAAAAGAUUCAAUAUGCACUUUACCUACCCGUAUUUUGGCCCAGUACCUAAAGCAGGCAAAUGGCCAAUUGUCUUCAUUAAAGCAACUUUAUUUGUCCACUGAGAGUUUAAACUAUGAAACGGCAAACCAGAAGGACAGAGAAGCAGAGCAGCAGUACUGUAUAGUGUGCCAGUAUUUUCCAUUAUCGAGGGCCAUUUUGCCAUGCAGGCACACAUGUGUCUGUGCCAACUGUUUUUCCAGAUUAGAUCGGUGUCCAAUCUGUCGGGGCUCCAUAAAAAGCUACUUCUGCAUUAGAGAUGAGCAUUAUAUAACAGAUUGCUCAAGCUCGAAGCAGAUUCAAAGCCGUUGGUCACUUCUCGACUGGCUCCACACCUGGGAUGACCGCCUGACUGAUUUUCUUGGCUUUCAAAGAUAGAACUUGAAAUAGACUUUGUAUAAGAAUAUUUCUGUGAUGUGAAUGAUAGUAUUUGUUUUUUUUUUAAUAUAGUUUUCGAACAAAAACACUCCUUUACUUGUUCUAAAAGUGUACUACUGGAGUCAAUUUAUGGUAUUUUCAGGCAUUACUAAACAAUAUCCUGAUAAUUUUUUAAAAAUGUAUAAUAAAUCUUAUUAGACAAAGGCAACUAUGUGGUAAUGAAGCAUUUAUACUAUAUAUUCACAAUAACUAUUAAGCAGCCAAAUAUAUAUAUAAUAUACAAAAGCAAGGCUCAUACAACUGCAAACAUCAAUAAACAAACAGUGGCAAUCUUAAACAUUGUGUUAACUUCAACAAUACUUUUUCUGAUCCAAAGAACUGCAAGCAGUUAAUUAGUAACAAGUAUAGCACAGGUAAUCCUCAUCGUUUAAGGAAAAUGAGCAGUUCUUGCAGAAAGUGUUUUUGCAGUCGAUGCAAUCCUGCAGACAAUCCAAACAGGAACUUUUUUCACAAUAGUAGCGUUUCGGUUUCGAUAGACACGGAGCAGUUGCAGCAGUGAAAGGCAAUGUUAAUCAUUUCUGGCUUGGGGAUCGACUGAAAUUGCUUCUUGCUCCCCUUGUAGAGUAAUUGCAGCGUUUUUUCUGAUGCAACGGAUGUUAUCUCCCGAACUUUUAAACCGGUCUUUAACUCCUGCUUUUUUACAGCUUGACUGGCUUCGUCGAAUGGGCACAGGCGUUUAUUAGACAUCACAGUUACCUUAUUUCCCUUUUCAAAAAAUUCAAAUUUUGGCUUAACCUACAAUUUCUAAUAGAUAAACGUACACAACUGUUAGCCAAGUUUGCUAUGAUCAUUCGA